AUGUCUCAAAGAAAAAAAGCAAAGAAGCCUAACUUGGAGAAGAAUGAAACAAAGCUAAGUCCCACUGAUAAACAAACUUUAGUGCAUACUGAUAGUGAUAAGCAUGUGGAUUAUGUGAAUAUAGACUCUAUAGAUAAUAAAGUUGAUUCCUCCCCUACUGAGAUUACUCGUAAAUUUGCUGAAAUCAAUAUUAACUUACAUGUUGAACCAUAUAUUGAACCAUUUGUUGAAAUAUAUGGUGAACUAUGUUUUUCAAAUGGGCCAAAACUGGAUCAGCCCAAGAACUACCAUUGUCACUACCUUUUAAACCCUCAAACCCUAAUUCCAAUACAUUUGCGGCGCUGCAGAACUCUCUACACUUUCUCGUCGUCUCCGUUCUCGUUUCCUUCCAUUUCCUUCCAUUUCCGUGUGAAAAUGUCGCUUGGAGAAACUGCUUGCUCAUACGCUCUUCUCAUCCUUGAAGAUGAUAAAAUUGCCGUCACUGCUGACAAUAUCACCACUUUGUUGAAAAGUGCAAAGGUUGAAGUUGAAUCAUAUUGGCCCAGCCUAUUUGUUAAACUUGCUGAGAAGAAAAAUAUUAGGGAUUUGAUUGCCAGUGCUGCUGGUGCUGGAGCUCCUGGUGCUGUUGCUGCCACUCCAGUUGCUGCUACCGGUGGGGCAGCUGCUGCUGCUCCAGUUGUCGAGGAGAAAAAGGAGGAACCAAAAGAAGAGAGUGAUGAUGACAUGGGAUUUAGCCUGUUUGAUUAG